AUGGCGGGCCUCCCCGGCGCGGUGCCGAGGAUGAUGCGGCCAGCCCCGGGGCAGAACUACCCCCGCACGGGCUUCCCCCUGGAAGUGUCCACCCCACUUGGACAAGGCCGGGUCAAUCAGCUUGGCGGGGUGUUCAUCAACGGCCGACCCCUGCCAAACCACAUCCGCCAUAAGAUAGUGGAGAUGGCCCACCAUGGCAUCCGACCCUGCGUUAUCUCCCGCCAGCUACGAGUCUCCCACGGCUGCGUCUCCAAGAUUCUCUGCCGCUACCAGGAGACCGGGUCCAUCCGGCCUGGAGCCAUCGGAGGCAGCAAGCCCAGACAGGUGGCGACUCCGGAUGUGGAGAAAAAGAUCGAGGAGUACAAGAGGGAAAACCCGGGCAUGUUCAGCUGGGAGAUCCGGGACCGGCUGCUGAAGGAUGGCCACUGCGACCGCAGCACAGUGCCCUCAGGUUUAGUGAGUUCGAUUAGCCGCGUGCUCAGAAUCAAGUUCGGGAAGAAAGAGGAGGAUGACGAAGCGGACAAGAAGGAGGACGACGGGGAGAAGAAGGCCAAACAUAGCAUCGAUGGCAUCCUGGGCGACAAAGGGAACCGGCUGGAUGAGGGCUCGGAUGUGGAAUCAGAACCUGACCUCCCGCUGAAGCGAAAGCAGCGCCGCAGUCGGACCACGUUCACAGCCGAACAGCUGGAGGAGUUGGAGAAGGCUUUUGAGAGGACCCACUACCCGGACAUCUACACCCGGGAGGAGCUGGCACAAAGGACCAAGCUGACUGAGGCACGCGUCCAGGUCUGGUUCAGUAACCGCCGUGCCCGUUGGCGCAAGCAGGCAGGAGCCAACCAACUGGCAGCGUUUAACCACCUUCUGCCAGGAGGCUUCCCGCCCACCGGCAUGCCCACGCUGCCCCCUUACCAGCUGCCAGACUCCACCUACCCCACCACCACCAUCUCCCAAGAUGGGGGCAGCACCGUGCACCGGCCCCAGCCCCUCCCGCCAUCCACCAUGCAUCAGGGUGGGUUGGCUGCGGCUGCCGCGGCCGCGGACACCAGCUCUGCCUACGGAGCCCGCCACAGCUUCUCCAGCUACUCUGACAGCUUCAUGAAUCCGGGGGCCCCCUCCAACCACAUGAACCCUGUCAGCAAUGGCCUGUCUCCUCAGGUCAUGAGCAUCUUGAGCAACCCCAGCGCAGUGCCGCCGCAGCCACAGGCCGACUUCUCCAUCUCCCCGCUGCACGGUGGCCUGGACUCAGCCUCCUCUAUCUCGGCCAGCUGCCAGCGGGCCGACUCCAUCAAGUCGGGAGACAGCCUGCCCACGUCCCAGUCCUACUGCCCGCCCACCUACAGUACCACCGGCUACAGCGUGGACCCCGUGGCUGGCUACCAGUACGGCCAGUACGGCCAGACUGCUGUUGAUUACCUGGCCAAAAAUGUGAGCCUCUCCACACAGCGUCGCAUGAAGCUCGGGGAGCACUCCACUGUGCUGGGACUCCUGCCUGUGGAAACUGGCCAGGCCUACUAGGGUGCCUGGGGCGACUUGCCCCAGCCCAAGCCCCAGCCCAACCCUUUCUGACCCCUGAGCCUCCCUCCUUGGUCCCCUCAUCCCCCUGGGAUCACAGGAGGCCAGGACAGGAGCCCAUCCCUUCUCAGUGGCAGCCCUCUGGAGAUGUACAACCAGUCUGUCAUUCACCUGUGGUUAGGGACCCAGAGUGGCCCCCUCAGCAUCUGCCCCCUCCCUCCCCUGCCGGCCCUGCAGUACUCCCCACUCAAACCUGCUGGGGCCUCAGGGCCAUCUCAGCAUGGAGGCAGAGGCUCACCCUGAACAGAACACCUCAACCCAGAGAAGACAGUGGCUGAGAUGAAGUGCUGGAGCCCUUUGGCCCGGGUCCCGGGCGUGGCUGACUAGAAGAGUAGAUGAAGCUCAGGGUAGCUCUCACCUGUAGGAGCUGGGAGCCACCUACAAGGUGAGCCCCUAGCCCAGCCCUAGAACCACAGCCCUUUCCUCCUCUGGAGACCGGGACUCCAACAGAGAGGAGAGCCUGAGAUCUUCCCAGGGAGUUGGCAGAGUGACAGUCACAGCUCCACCCAGGAAUAUGGAAGACUGAGCAGCCCUCCCCAUACACCCCUGCUCGGUAUCUUAGGUCAUAUGGGGGCUGUGUUUGUCCUCAGGGUACUGGCCUAGGGCAUCAGGAUUCAGCUCAGGCCUCAGGGAGCAGAAGCCUCUCAGAGGGAAGCCCAGUUCCACCAUUGCCCUCCACACGAAGAGCCAGGGAGCCCACAGACCCUUGUGUCUUCCUCUUAGCUGGAUCAGAUGAGAUGGGAAGGGGCAGUCUUGAGGCUAGAGGAGGAAGAGGCACAAGGUGGGCUCUGAGGGGCUUUUGUAACCAAGAUCUCUUCUCUUGCGGGUGGCCAACCCUUGAGGCCAAAGUUUCAGCUCUCAACCUUCGAGUUCUCAGCCCUGGAAUUUAGAUUCUGUACAAAGCCUCCAACAGAGACUGAACCCCGUGCCCUGGGGAGGGACCUCUGACUUCCCUCAAAUCCCCUGACAUUGCUGAAGUGCAGAGAGCUUCCUCCGGAGCUGUGGAGAAGGCUUCCUGGACCCACAGAUCAGACUCCCAAGUCCCCUUGGCAUUUUGGCGGAAGCAUGUCUCUGUCCCACCCAGAGUGACAUCUUAGGUCAACUCAUUUGGCCAAGAGGCCUCCAGCUCCUGAGUGGGUGUAGCUGAGCUGGGGCAUACGUGGCUGGUUUUCAAGCCACCAUCACUGGACAGAGGAAGAUGCCAAAGGCUCUAGAGAAGAGGGGGAAGGCACCUUCCUUAACCACCAGUGGCUUCCUCAAGCGCCACUCUUUUGAGAGCUGGGACCUUUGGGGGUUAGUUCGAGCCCCUCAUUCUCCUCCCUUGGAACUCUUUACCACCUUCACUUAUUUAUCACAAUUUAUUCACCUUCACCAUCAUCAUCAUAUAAUCUAUGCUUGGAUCACUUUUAUCAAGUGCUGCUGGGCACAGGACACUUGUAAGGGAGACACAGCCCUGAAUCCACAAACAUUGGACCCAAUUGCCUGUCUCCACCUGAGCUCCGAAGGCCUCCACUUUGCUCAGUCCAUGUCCCUGGCCCUCAGCCAGCGAGACAUUUCUAGAGAGAAGGGCUCUGCCUUGGGAGCUAAUCUGAGUUCUUUCCUCUUGGUUGGCAAGAUGCUUAGAACCUCUCCAAGGAUGUCAACUGUGUGACACAUGCUCACCUGUUUCUCAUCUUCAAACCCAGUCAUAUCUAGCCAAUCUCACGGCAUGAACAAGAUGGCUAGUUAAGGGAACCCUAUUAAUAACUGGUGACAAAUAGACUCUCUGGGAGCAGCGGGCAGCCAGACAGAUGUGGCCCGUCAAGGGAAGCCAAGGUUUCAACUGGAGCUUCCAGUGCAAGAGACUGGUUUCUUCAAGCUCUGGACCGAAGGAAAGAUCAUGUUGUUCCCUUGAAAACCUAGUCCAUGCUUUUGUAGCUAUCACAGCCAAAAGCAUCUCUUCCAGAAGACCAAUCACAUCUUCAUUCACAUUCCUUGAAUGGUCACUCCUUUCCCCUGGAGGCCUGGCCCUAUGUGACUCAGGAGCAGGGAUCUCAGGCAGGUGACAUCAGAACUGCCCAGCCACAUCCAAGAGGUGGCAUUCCAAAGCUAGGACCAAUCCCAGGGAUCUGCCUGUCCUCCCAUGGUGAAAUGGAACCAAGAUCUGCUUGGGAAUAAACCAAAUGAUUUCUCACUACAUCUAACAUCUCUGAAGCUGUCCCAAGCCACCAACUUGAUACAAAAUGGGACUUAUUUUCUUCAGGGCCCUUGAUCCCAGAAAUGUUUCCCUUAAAAGCCCUUGUAUUCAUGUGUCUAUCCAACCCAGUCUAUAAAACUCAGCCUUGUGUCAGCAGCUCACAGCUUCACCAGAGAGAUGACGUUAGUGGAACAAGAGGCACAAGGCUGCGAUCCCUUUGGGGUUUGUCAGCAGCCCCCCAUCCCUGUAAAUAGAGUUCAUAGCAAAAUAAGAGAUUUCUUCUCCAACUUAUCCCAAGUAGCUAUUGGUCCUACCUAUGGGGGGCCCUCUUCUGAGCUCAUGUACAUUAGUUGGAAAUGUGGUGAUGUGCUGUUUGUUUAUAGGAAGUUGACUUUUUAUAUAUAAAUAUAUAUACUAAAAAAGGAAAGAAACCCCCACAGUGUGUGUCGUGCUAGUGCCAGGGACCAUCUGUAGGGAUAUAUCUGCAUAUUGUGUGUUUCAGAUUAUACAUUCCAGGCUCUACUGAGGUCUUUCAAUUUUUGUUGUUUUGUUCUUUCAUUUGGUAUCUCUCUUGCUAUGAAGAAAAAAAAGUGAUGUGUAAGAACCGAGCUAUGCUUUUAUACUCUUCUUUUUCACUUGAUUCACCUUUGCUGUUCUUUUCCCAGAAGAACAUUAAAAAGUAGAGGAAACAGAGAAGUAGGGGCAUAAGAGAGGAGAGAAGAAUGAAGAGAGGUUUGCCCAGAAGACAAAUGAAAAGGUCUGAUUGCUGACCUGACUAUGGCUGGAGAACAGGACAGGUGCUGACUUUGAGGCCUCCACCAGCAUCCAGUGUUGGUCCAGAUGGAGCUGGUGAGACAUUCUGAGAUUUGGACCCAGGACCUUGGUGAGAAACUCUGUGGUUGCCACCUGAAAAGACUUUCUCUGAAUCUUCUCUCAGGCCUGAUGUUCUCACCAAGCUCCUGAAUGUGUGUUUCCGUAUUGGACGUUUGUGCGGUCCACAGGUUUUCUCUCCCCUCCUAUAGAAGCACCAAACCAAGACCAAACGGGGGUAUUCCAGCGCCAUCUUGAAAUGCUCCAAGGCACCUGUGUAUUUAAUGCUUCUUCUCUCAACUCUGAAGUGGCCAACCCAACCUGGGAAAUAUAUUCACAUAGUGCUCUAGAUCAUUCCUUUUUCCUAGUAACAGCAACGUCGUUGCUUCGGGUUUGACUCACAGCCAUUCUCUCCUCGCAGAAGUGAGUGUGUGUGCGUGAGGGUGUGAGUGGGAUGUGUGCGUAUGGGCGUGUGUUUAAAUAUAAUCACACCAUAAUUUAUUCAGCUAUAUGGAAUAGUAGACUAGAAAGAGAAACUGGUAUUUGCUUUAACUACCUGCUGCUUGUAAGCGCUGCCUCUGUAACUCAGGCAUAACUGUUAUACAUUAAAAGAAAUUA